AUGCCUAAGAAUAUGGGAAAGGGAGGCAAGUCCUUCAAGGCAGGUAAUGUUAAGGGUAUAAUGCAGAAUCAGAAGCGUGAUAUUGUUUACGCUGAUCCUAAUGAACACGAGGAAUACGCCCAAGUGAAGAAGGCAUUGGGAAAUUUACGUCUUGAGCUUCAGUUGGCGGAUGGUAGUAAGGCGAUAGGUGCCAUUCGUGGGGCGAUGGUGCGAAAGGUUUGGAUUGCGCAGGGUGAUGUUGUGUUAAUCGCACGACGCUCCUUUAACACCAAUGAUAUUGUGGACGUUAUUCACCGUUACACCCCCGCCGAGGUGCGUACUCUCGUCAAGGAUGAAGUGAUCCCACGUGAUUUCCGCUCCACCGAUGAGCGGGAAGCCAACAACGCACAAUCCGAUUACGUGUUUGUUGCAGAGAACGACAACGACGGUGCGGAUGAAGAAGAUGAAAACGCCAUUGACCGAUACAAGGUUGUAUUGGAUGACCCUCUUGCGAACUUUGAUGACCUUUAA